AUGAUAAAAGGUCGAAAUAGAAUCACCGAUGGUACUUGUGUUCCAGAUGAUCUUCUUCAUGUGCCACAACUUCAUUCAUUCACUUUCUAUAUUAGUACUUCUAUUGACAUUGGAGACUUAUCUCAAAAUCUAUCUCAUGAACAUAUCCAGCAAACAUUGAUAAAUAUCGGACAACAAAAUGCGAAUUCUAUCAUCAAUAAUCUUGGUACAUCCACAGUUGAAUGUUCAAUUUUCUCACUGUCUUUCGCAUUUGAUUAUGUAAUACAUCUUGGCAAUAUAUUUCCAAGUAUUGUAUUUAAUUAUGUUACAUAUUUACUUGUGCAAGAUAGGGAUGGAUUUAAACAUGAAUUCUUCGUUCGAAUCGCCCGAUCGUUUCCAUUACUUAAGUAUUUGCGUAUUUACAAUAUCAAACCGUAG